UGUGGGGAAAUCCGAAGGGUUGCGUUGGUACCUCCGCGCCCGCCAUGUUUGUUGUGGUGCUCGGUGUCCAAGUUUCUGUCGUUCCUUCUGAUUGUGAGUUUGUCAGCGUUUUAUUGAGAGCUUGGGUUUUCCCCCUCAACACAAAAGACUACCAUGACUGCGUGGACGACUCAGCAGCUUGAUAUCCUAGCCAAACUCCAGGAUGUCUUGGAGGGGACGAGGCGCGACCCCUUUCCUCGGCUCGUCCGGGUCGAGGGACGCUCCCACACUGGCAAGAGCACCCUGAUAAUGGAAAUGGCGCACCGAGUCAAGCGCCACUACGGCGGCAAGCCCGAGACCGUGCUGGUGGUGGCCACCACGAAUGCGGCCGCUGCUGCGGUGGGUGGAGCCACCUUCCACCGCGCCUUCGCGCUGCCGCUCGAUCCCAGGUUCGCCAAGCCCGAGGACUUGAGCCAAUUCGAUCGGGACAGGCUGGCGCAGGUCCGAGUCCUCAUCAUUGAAGAGGCGAACAUGGUCUCGAAGGCCCUGUUGGACCAGGCAGACAGGCGGCUCCGGACGGCGGUCGGUGAGAACGGUCUGCCGUUCGGGGGGCGCGGCGUCUUUGCCUUCGGGGAUCAUGACUCCUGGGGGCCGAUGGACUCGAGACCAGGAACACGGCCCAACGAGUCCAUCUGGUCGGCGUUCGGCGCCCUGGUUACCCUGGAGCAGUCGCACGUCCCGGAGGUGUCGUUCAGACACGCGCUCCAGCGCCUGGCCGACGACGCCAUCACGGACAAGGACACCGAGCUCUACGAGACGCGCCUGCUGAGCAAGCUCCCCGCGACCGAGCGGCAGCUGUUCGACGACGCGCCUCGGGUGUGCAUCGGCAAGGAUGCCGUGCUGACCUACAACAACCGCCGCAAGGUGCUGGAGAGCUCCCGCCGGCCAGAGUCCGCCGUGGUGCACGAAGUCCAGCCGUCCGUGGACCCCUACACGCGGGUGGAGCUGUGGGAGGGCGCUAAGGUGGUCAUCACCGCCAACACCAGGGCGGGGUCCUUCGCCGGAGAGCUGGGCGAGGUGUCCGUCCUGCAUCUCACGAGCACCAAGAGGCUGACCGGCGUGUCGGUCCUCCUGGAGUCCGGCAAGGUGGUGGAGUUGACCGCCGACGCCAACGGCAACUACCCGCUGGCGCCGGCCUACACGGCCCUGACCCUGCCCAAGGCCUUGGGCCUCCACUUCGCCAGGGUCGUGGUGGAGCUGCCCAUCGGCGGAUGGGGCGGGGUCCAAUACCUUUACGGGGCCGUGUCGCGGGCCAGGGAGUGGGCCGGCCUGGCCUUCGAGGGGGGCGAGGUCCCUAGGCCCAAGGGCAAGCGCCAGUGGAGAAAGCCGGCAGCGGCCGCCAACCCUGUCCCUUUCAUGCAUUGGGAGUACUAUGGGUUCGGCUACGAUGACGAGUUUGGCGAGGAUUACUCCGAGGGAGAUUAUGACGAGGAGGCUGAAGAGGAGGAGGGGGAGGAGGCUGAAGAAGAGGAGGAAGUCGAGGACGAGGAAGAGGUCGAGGAAGAGGAGGACCUGGUGGAUGAAGAGGAUGAGUCCAGUGAAGAGGGGGAUGUUGGUGGACAGAAGGUUGCUGAAAAAGAAAAGUGAAAUGGUUACAAUAUGCCUGUUAGGUUCCUGAAUGACAAUGAGCCUUGCAAUUCCUUUAUACUUAUGGAUAAGUAUUUUAAGACUGAAAAGUACUCUGCACAGUGAAUUGCUGAGUUCAAUGCUGAUAAUUCAGCUCAAUUGACUGCUUAAUGUUAUUUUUCAAAUUUUUUUUUUUUAAUGCAAAUUACUGUAGUAUUUAAGAUUUCUUAGUUAGCAACAACAAGCAUGUUCUUAUGAUUUGACUAUCAUAGUUUAUUAUCAAUUCCUGUUUUGUACAUAAUAAAGAUUCUAGUUUCUUCUCA